AUGCCAUUGCCGGAAGUUAAUAGUUCAGAAGCAACACCAGUGUCGGAAAUAUCACGAAUGACUGUCAAACCUCCACCUUUUUGGAAGAAUAAUCCUAAGUUGUGGUUUGCCCAAAUUGAUGCCCAAUUUGAAAUUGCAGGCAUUACAAGAGAAGACACAAAAUUUAAUCAUGUUGUUGCCGCUGUUGAAUCCCGUAUUUUGGAUUCCAUCCAAGACUUGAUUAUCAGUCUACCUGGAAGUGAUAAGUAUUCCGUUUUGAAGACACGACUCAUAGAAAUCUAUGCUGAGAGCGAAACUUCUAAAUUACGAACUUUAUUACAAGGAGUUGAACUUGGUGACCAACGUCCAUCUUUAUUAUUGAAACGAAUGUGA